AUGGCUGGAAACGAUGACCAUCUAGCAUACGGGCAUGCCCCGGGACAGUCGGAUCGUGGUUCUGGGUCUGGGAGUACCAGGGCGUUUCUCGGGGACACUCUACGGACGUUCCGUGACAAGUACGACAAGUACUCGCAUGGCCAGCAAGGCCAGCAAGGCCAGCACCAGCAGCAGCAACAACAACAACAACAACAAUAUCCAGGUCAGCCCGGGAACCAUGGUUACAACCCUCAGGGCCAGGCACAGUACCAGCAGCCGUACCAACAGCCGCCACCCGGCCAGCAAGGAGGUCAAUACGCACCAGAUCCAACCCACGGACAGAACCCUCAAUACUACCAGAGUGCCAGCGGAGGUCAUGGCAGUGGCGGCAAGCCUCCAAAGUCUGACCUAGUCUCCGGCAUAUUCGGCAAGCUACAGGGUAUCGGCUCAGAGGUCGCACAGCGGAUCGGAUCCAACCUCGACCCUCAUGCGUACGCUACAUACGGUGCAGAUACAGCUGGUGCCAACUCAAAGAACAGAUACGGGAGCUUUGCACCCGUCCGGCACCAUGGAGAUGCAAAGUGGUAUGUCGACGGAUGUAGCUAUAUAAUGCUGCAGGCAGCCGCCCAAAGAGGGGUUCGCGUCAACAUCAUCGUUUACAAGGAGGUAACCCAGGCACUGUCAUUGUCCUCGUCUCAUACUAAACAUCACCUUGAGGAUCUGCACGAGAACAUUGUUGUAUUCCGUCACCCCGACCAUUUGCCAGACAAGCAGACUGUGCACUCGGAUGUGAUGUCUUCCUUCCAGAAUCUGACAUUAAACGCUGCAGGUCUCUCAAAGCUGUCUGGUGAUGCACUUAAAACGGUUUACGGCCUUAGCGGCGGCGUUGUCCUCUUCUGGGCACAUCAUGAGAAGCUAUGUAUCGUCGACGGCAGGACUGCAUUCAUGGGUGGUCUUGACCUCUGUUUCGGACGCUGGGACACUUAUCAGCAUGCUAUUGCUGACGUGCAUCCAACUGAUCUGAAGCAGGCUGUUUACCCCGGCCAGGAUUACAAUAAUGCUCGAGUCUUGGAUUUCCAAGACGUCGUUCACUGGGAGAACAACCAGCUGGACCGAAAGUCAAACUCCCGUAUGGGAUGGAGCAAUGUUGCUGUUAGCUUGCACGGUCCUGCCGUAGAGGAUCUGAGGAAGCACUUUGUGGACCGCUGGAACUUCAUCUAUGAUGAGAAAUAUGCGGUCCGUAAAGUCCCACGUGUCUCUAGACUUGAGCUCUACCGUCAGCCGAUGGGCCUAGGAGGACAUCGCCCCUCGUCACAACACGGCCCAGGGCCUGCUCCACCACCUGCUGGAUCUCAGGGAUACCAGCAACAGCAACAGCAACAACAACAACAACAGCAGCAGCAGCAGCAACCUCAAGGGUCCCAAUCGCCUUACUAUCCCCCACCUCCUCCAGGACCUCCACCAGCUGCGUCUUCAACGACCGGCGGUGGCUACCAGCCGCACUCAUCUGAGGCACCUUACUUCCCACCUCCACCAACUCAAGGCAAUAACCCUCCCACUCAAAGCCGUGGUGUUGAUGAAUAUAGCGAGGGAGAUAGAAGCAGCCGUGGAAUUGGGAUCAAGGGUGAAUUUGCCAACUUUGGUAACACCCUGCGAGCCCAGUUGGCUGGCCAAGUCCACCGUUAUCAGGACCGAUACCUCUCUGGUAAUGCUCCAGGGCAAGGCCAAGGACCCUCUAAGUCAAACGUCUCCUGUCAGAUAGUCCGAAGCAGCGCUAAAUGGAGUAACGGCACUGAGACGGAGCAUUCAAUUGUAGAUGCAUACGCGGCCAUCAUCCGUGAUAGUGAGCACUUUAUUUAUAUUGAGAACCAGUUCUUCAUCACUGCUACAUGUGAUGCCCAGAAGCCAGUAAAGAACAAGAUUGGUGCUGCCAUCGUCGAACGCAUCCUCCGCGCUGCAAAGGCAGGCCAGAAAUACAAGAUGAUCGUCAUCAUUCCUGCCGUGCCUGGAUUCCCUGGUGACCUCCGCGAGGAUGGUAGCUUAGGCACUCGCGCCAUCAUGGAGUUCCAGUACUUCUCCAUCAACCGGGGAGGAAACAGUAUAAUGGAACUGAUUGCCAAAGAAGGGUAUAACCCCAUGGAGUAUAUUCGUUUCUACAACUUGCGCAAUUACGACCGUAUAAACGCCAGUGCCAUAAUGCGUCAAGCUGAGAAAGCAAGUGGAGUGAAUUAUGAAGAUGCAAGAAAGCAACAUGAUGCUGCCAUGUCAGCAUCAAGACCUUCUGCUUUCGACACCACGGCUGCGUACCCACAGUAUCAGCAGGCUGCUCAGCAUGUAGCUGCAACUAACCCGCAGGCUGCCGCAGUUGGUCGAUGGGAUACCGUAAGUUCUUGCUACAUGCUUGGAGGAGAAGACAUUCGCAAUGUUCCGUGGGAGCAUGAUAACGAUACUUCUGAGAUUGACGCCUUCGUCACGGAGGAGUUGUAUGUUCACUCAAAGCUUCUCAUUGCCGAUGACAGAACGGUCAUCUGUGGAAGUGCGAACUUGAACGACCGUUCUCAGCUUGGUGAUCAUGACUCUGAGAUCGCAGUCAUCAUCCAAGAUCCAACCGCAAUGGAGUCAAGGAUGAAUGGGCAGAACUAUGUCGUCAGCCAGUUUGCGGCCACUCUCAGACGACAGCUCUGCCGAAAGCACCUUGGGUUGCUCCGACCUCAGGACUAUCAGCGUCCUGAGGCCAAUUAUGAACCUGUUGGGGUUCCUAAUGAGUAUGACUUUGGUUCACCUGAAGACAAUAUCGUGGUAGACCCAGUCGCAGACACCUUCCAUAGUCUCUGGAACACCCGUGCCAGACAGAACACUGAGGUCUACCGAAAGGUCUUCCACGUUGUGCCAGAUGACACUGUUCGUAACUGGAACGACUACAAGGAGUUCUAUGAGUACAACUUCCGCAAGCCUGAUGGAAAAAACGGAAACCAAGAACCUCGCUACCUCCCCGGCCAUGUGAUCCGUGAUGAGUUUCCUGAAGGUGUGAAGGCCGUCAAGGAAGAGCUGGCUAAGGUCAAGGGAACCAUUGUUGAAAUGCCGCUAAUGUUCUUAGCGGAAGAAGACAUCGCAAAGGAGGGAUUGAACCUGAACUCCUUCACCGAGACCCUCUACACCUGA